ACAAUCAGUCAGCUGUCAAAAGUUCUGGCGAUUCACGUAUACAAGAUUGUUUUUUAAAUUGCUUUUUAGUAAAUAUCUUCAUAUUUCUUGCAUUUGGAAGGGUAACGAAGGUUGGAAAUCCAAAAUGAUGGACUGCGUGGAAGACACAAACCAUGACCCUCUGUCAACUCAGUCUCCGCCCGUACAGUCUCCAACAGGUGAUGCUAAACCGGACAAGAAAAAGAUCAGUGAAAAUGUUUCUUUGGCUGAUAACAGCUUGCUGGUGGACAUAUCUGACGCUUUAAGCGAGAAAGAGAAAGUAAAAUUCACAGUGCACACAAAAACAACACUGCCAGAGUUCCAAAAGUCUGAAUUCCUCGUUGUCAGGCAACAUGAGGAGUUUGUGUGGCUGCACGAUCGGUACGAGGAGAAUGAAGAAUAUGCGGGAUAUAUUAUUCCGCCCGCGCCGCCGCGUCCUGACUUCGACGCGUCCCGCGAGAAACUACAACGUCUGGGCGAAGGAGAAGGCUCUCUUACACGGGAGGAGUUCCUCAAGAUGAAGGAGGAGUUAGAAGACGAAUAUCUGGCAACUUUCAAGAAAACGGUGGCAAUGCACGAAGUUUUCCUUCAAAGACUGGCUGCGCACCCUGUGUUCCGCGGCGAUCCGCAUCUGCGCGUCUUCCUUGAGUACGAACAGGACCUGUGCGCUAAGCCUAGAGGCAAGAUGGACCUUAUUGGGGGACUGAUGCGUUCAAUGACAACGACGACGGAUGAGAUCUAUCUCGGUGCGACAGUGCGUGAUGUUAACGACUUCUUCGAACAGGAGACCGCUUUUUUGCAAGAGUACUACUCGCACUUGAAGGAGGCUGUAGCCAGAGUCGAUAGGAUGACUUCAAAACAUAAAGAAGUGGCCGACGCUCAUAUCAAACUCUCGUCCUGCUUCACUCAACUGGCGACGCGAGAGCAGCCCACCACUGAGCGGUUCCUCACCAAGGCUUCGGAGACGUUCGACAAGUGCAGAAAGAUCGAGGGUCGCAUGGCGUCCGACCAGGACCUGAAGCUGGCCGACACGCUGCGGUACUACAUGAGAGACGCGCACGCUGCCAAGUGUGUACUUGUGCGAAGACUGAGAUGCCUCUCAGCAUAUGAAGCUGCCAAUAGGAAUCUCGAGAAGGCACGUGCCAAAAACAAGGACGUUCAUGCCGCGGAGCAGGCGCAGGCGGACGCGUGUCGUCGCUUCGAGGAGCUGUCGGCGCGAGCAAGGGAAGAGCUUAUCGAUUUCCGCAACAGGCGUGUUGCCGCCUUUAGCAAGAGCUUAAUCGACUUGGCAGAACUGGAGAUCAAGCACGCUCGCGCUCAGGAAGAACUCUUCAAGAAGUCUCUGCAAGUCCUCAAGGAGUGCCAAUAAACUGUUGCAGGUACCAUUAACCUUUUCAGUGCCAAGACAUCCGGGAUAAGGUGACAGAUUUCUUGUCAUGACGAUUCUUGGUAUUGUAAAAAAUCUUCUUUUUAACCCUCGACGCCAAAAGAUGGGAGUUAUAAGUUUGAAACCUUUGCCUGUAUAUCCGUGUGUCUGUCUGUGGCAUCUUAGCUCCCAAACGGAUGGACGGAUCUCAAAGCGGUUUUUCUUGUCUUUUUUUUUAAUUUGAAGGCUAAUUUAAUUGGGAUUUUCUAGCUAUGUUUGAUGAACAUAUGUUCAACUGUUUAAAGAUCAUCAGCUCUUUUUCCAGUUAGUGGAUACGAUCUCAGCUCGAAAAUGAGUAUUUAAUUUAUUUCCGCUUGUCCAAUCAGCUUGAAAUUUUGCUUUAAAACCUUGAUCUGAUACUGUAUCUAGUCUUCAGAUUACCUAACUCUUCAUCUACUUACAGUAGUAUUAACGUGUCAUUAAAUUGAUGUUUGACGAGUUGUUUUCAGAGUACACUGUUUUGUAUCGGAGAUUUUACAAAUUUUAAUUUGUUUGAAUAUUUUAUGUUUCUGGCGUUGAUUAAUAAGUUAUCUGUGGCCGCGUUGAGAUCUUCCCUGGCGUUUGGGACGACAAACUUAAAUAUUCGGUUUUCGAGGGUUCAACAGAUUGUAUGACAGAGAUAGUUAAUAGGAUCACAGAAGGUGACUAACGUCGAGUUUAUUUUCUGUUUUAUUGUAUUUUCACACGGAAGUACGCUAUUAGCCGGCGCUGAAAGUGUUAAUGACGACCAUACCUGCAUUUAAGUGCGUAAUAGUUAAAAAUAACAGGGAUGCAUAGUAUGAAUACCGCAAUCUAUGAAAUAAAUAAAAUGAGAUUUCUUUCGAACAAGUAAGUUUUUCAUGUAGGUUAAAAUGUUAUCGAAAUUUCACCUACAUAGCCAUCAAUUUUUCUAUGAUACAAGUUGUCCGAUGGUGGCCGUAGUAACUUGUUAAUUUGUUUUAAUUUUUUUACCGGGAAAGCUUAUUUCCUUUUGUUUAAUAUUCCAUAACUUGAUGGCAUUGUAAGAUGAUUAAAAAAAAAUGUUAGUAGAUCGUUCCAGAAAAAAAUAUUUCAGAAAUAAUUUUCUACGUCCCAUAUAAAAAAUCUGUCUCUUCACUUAUAAGUAACUAUGUUGUCGUAGAGCCGUGGAACUUUUCUGACAGUGAAUAUUUUAAUGAGUUACACCAUUUAAUUUACAUUCCUAUUAGUUACGACUAAAAUGUCAGAUACGAUAGUGAACUGAGGGAUGGUAUAUAAUUUUUUUCUCGAAAUAUUAAGGUGCGUAUUAGGAUUUUGUUUUUUUAUUAUUAUAUAUAGAUAUAGUUUAUUUUCUAUAGUGGACCAAAGUCAAAUAAUGAUAUGAUAAAAUAAUAUAUAAUGUAUAAACUGCGUCCCCUUAGCGCUAACCGACAGACGGUAGGGGAAAGUAUAGAAGGGGAUUUUAUACCCGCCAGCGCACACUGAUCCCUUACAAUAUCGCAAACGUUCGUUGCAAGGGAUCCGCCGACAUGCAACCGAUCGCUCAGAUUUGAUUCCGUUCCACUAUUCAAUCAGACUCCGGCGCACAUCGGAGGAUAUUUGAUAAAUUGUAAAUUGAAACCAGUAAAGUCACGAAAGCGUAUGAAAUUAUAUUUCCUAAUUUUACGAAAUCUUUAAUUUUCGUUAAAAAUGUUAACAUAUUAUUGAUAACAAUGAUAUUAAAAUAAUAAAGUUUGUAAUAUUUAAACAGAUGGUAAAUAACACACAGAGUACCGGACUGACCGCACGCCGUUAGUUUUUCUCCUUAGUUUUUAUCGACAACGAACAUGCACACGCGUCGCGCACGCUCAACAUUAAGCAAAUGGGAGAGAGAGCGCAAUAUCGCAGUCCCCCUCUGAUGAUUUAUGGCCAAGCCUGCAGCGAGUAAACAAUCUUACUAUACAACGUUAACUACAAACCGACCCCUCCUACGUAAAGUAUCGUAUGUCGAAAUUGCCAAGUUUACAGGGAAAAGUUUUAAAGUUUUUAAUUCACUGGAAUGAGCAUAACACGUGACUUUAGCAUUUCACAAUAUAUAUUGUUUGUUGUUCAUCUAAUCAUUAUCUAGGAUUUUAUAAUAC